ACCGUGUCCCCAACAGAAGCCAGUAAAUAUCAGGCGAGCUAGCAGUCUGUUAGCUACUCCCAGUUCCAGUAGAGCAGACCAUGUUUUUUCAGCUGUCAUCAGCCAGUUAUCAGUCCAACGUGUCUAGCCUGUGCGGUGGUGCUUUUCGUUAAGCGAUGAGCUCCCAGUAAGAGAGACUCCGUCCUUUACAAAAAAAAAAGAAAAAUCAGCCCUGUAGCGACUUGGCUGGCUUUACAGGUUAGCUUAGCGCUAGCAAGCUGCGUCCAGAGGAGGUGUCGUUGCUAGUGACUAUGCAAGGGGAAACCACGACGAUCCGAAUCACGGAAAACGAAGGCAAGCUGGAUGUAUACCCCCAGAACAGGACCCCGAGCUCGGGGAGAGCGAGUGCCAAAAGCUGGCAGUACAGCGAUCACAUGGAGAAUAUUGAUGGCUACCUGAUGAAAUACACCAACCUGGUGACAGGCUGGCAGUACAGGUUCUUUGUCUUGAACAAUGAGGCGGGCCUGCUUGAGUAUUUCGUCAAUGAGCAGUCACGGCCACAGAAGCCCCGUGGCAUGCUCCCUUUGGCGGGGGCUGUUAUUUCCCCGAGUGAUGAGGACUCGCAUACCUUCACUGUCAAUGCCAUCAGCGGGGAGCAGUACAAGCUCAGGGCCUCUGAUGCCAAAGAGAGGCAGCACUGGGUCAGCAGGCUACAGAUCUGCACGCAGCACCACACAGAGGCCAUGGGGAAGAGUCAGCCUCCGUCAAAGUCCCGGAGUUACUCCACAGCGUCUCAGGGCAGCGGCAGCUCCCCGAUGUCCAUGCGCCGGCCCAGCCAAAACCCCGCCUCUAUGUUCGGCUGGUCGCAGGUCAGAGGCUCGUCGGCCUACUCCAGUAAGAGGUCCCUGCUGCCCGACCACCUGAUGGACGCAAGAGAGAUGAUGAGCCAAGCCCAGGGCCAGCACAAGGACCUGAUCCAGGGCAUUGAGGGCCUGCCUGCGACUCCUGGCCUUUCCCCCCUGGACCAGGACCUGCUGAUGCUCAAGGCCACUUCCAUGGCCACCAUGAACUGCCUCAACGAGUGCCUGCACAUCCUCCACCUGCAGCAGAUGGCCCGACAGAGAAGCUCCCUGGGAGGACCCACCAUCGAGUGGCUGGAGCCCAAACUGCCAGACAUCCUGAAGAAUGGCAGCAGCUCCCUGGGCAGCUUCGCGACGGGGGAGGGCCCGCUGGAGGGGAACCGCUUGGAGCUCAGCAGCCCCGAGUCCUGCAACUUCUCCGGGGAACAGGAAGACAUAGAUGCAGAGGAUGAAUUGGAGGACUCCUUCACGGACAAGGAGGAGGACCUGGGUGCCGUGGAGGAGGAACGCAGCGUCAUCCUACACCUGCUGUCGCAGCUGAAGCUGGGGAUGGACCUCACGCGGGUGGUCCUCCCCACCUUCAUCCUCGAGAAGCGCUCUCUGCUGGAGAUGUACGCAGACUUCAUGUCCCAUCCGGACCUCUUUGUGACCAUCACAGACGGCAGCAGUCCGGAGGACCGCAUGGUCCGGUUUGUGGAGUACUACCUCACCUCCUUCCACGAGGGCCGCAAAGGCGCCAUUGCCAAAAAACCCUACAACCCCAUCAUUGGUGAGACCUUCCACUGCUCCUGGAAGGUGCCCAAGAGACCAGACGCCUCCAAUGAGCCUUCACAGGGAAGCUCCGACCCCACUGCUUCCAGCCAGGACUCCUACCAAGUGCGCUUUGUGGCGGAGCAGGUUUCCCAUCAUCCCCCUGUGUCUGGUUUCUACGCCGAAUGCCAGGAGAGGCGGAUGUGUGUCAACACGCAUGUGUGGACCAAGAGCAAGUUCAUGGGCAUGUCCAUUGGAGUAUCGAUGGUGGGGGAAGGUUGUCUGUAUUUGCUGGAGCACGAUGAGGAGUACACCUUCACGCUGCCCUGCGCCUAUGCUCGCUCCAUCCUCACCGUUCCCUGGGUGGAACUUGGCGGCAAAGUCACCAUCAACUGCGCCAAGUCGGGUUACUCGGCAGUCAUUACUUUUCAGACUAAACCGUUUUAUGGAGGCAAAUUACACAAGGUGACAGCAGAGGUGAAGCACAACUCCACCAAUGCAGUGGUGUGCCGCGUACAAGGCGAGUGGAACGGCGUUUUGGAGUUCAGCUUCACUAACGGAGAGACGAGAAUGGUCGACGUCACCAGGCUGCCUGUGACAAAGAAGCACGUGCGGCCAAUAGAGAAGCAAGGACCGACUGAAUCCAGACGCCUGUGGCAGCACGUGACUGAGGCUUUGCGGCAGAAAGACAUCGAGAAAGCCACUGAGCAUAAGAGGGUCCUCGAGGAGAGGCAGCGGACAGAAGAGAGGCACCGUGUCGAGACAGAAACCCCCUGGAGGACCCGAUACUUUGACAGAGAGGGUGAAGGUUGGGUUUAUCACAAGCCACUUUGGAAAAACUCUACAUUCAAAUCCUAGUUUCUUCAGCCCCCCCUAUCUUGGAUGUUGAUAUUGUAGAUUCAGGAGUGUGUGUGUGUGUGUGUGUGUUUGUGAGUGUGCCGGAGUGUGUCUGCGUGCACACACGCAUGUGACCGUUGGUUAUGAAAUGAAAAGCAUGACCUGCACUGACGUACAGAUGAAUGCGACACUGAGGGGGGAGAAGGACCGAGACGGCAUGACUGAAGGUGUUCUCGAAUCUCUCACAUGAUGUUCAGGAAGAGUACAAGUUUUUGUACUGCGGAUUAGGUUUUUUUUGUUUUGUUUUUUUUAUAAUCUAAUGUCAAUGAAAACAUAUUCUUGUAGAGGUAAUGGUACUCUAUUUACACAGCCUUAAGAUGAUCUGAUGAAUGAUACUCUGUUUGGACUCGGAUGAUCCGCCUGGAUAUGGAUUCUUCUUCUUCUCCUCUUUUUAAACUGUGGUCUCACCUGAGGAUAAAGUGACUUUUGGUGAAUAUCUUCUUUAAAUAGGAAAGAAAACCCCCAAGUAUACAUCUCGUAAAGCUGAAUCUGUGUAUUUGAGCUGAUAAAACAGAAGUCAAUCCCUCUGUCACUGGAUGUAUUUAAAUACUUGUGGUGUUUUGAUCUGAGCAGUACAGAAACAUUUGGUGGAUGCCUCCCAGAGUAAUUAUUAAACAGGGGGUAAUUUCCCAGAGUAUAUACAUAAAAUAGCACACUGAGCAGUGCUUACAGAAAUUUACGUACUUUAAAAUGACAGAUUUAAAGAAAAGAACUAAAAAUUAAAAAAUAACGGCAUCUGAAUACUGAACACUGAAUUCACUCACUGUUUACUGUAGACUGCACUACGUUUACUGUGUUUACUCUUAUUAUGGCAGUUGCAAAGUGAAAUCUGUUGCAAAGACAGUGCACUAGAAUUGCUUUAGUUUCUAGCAUGUUGGUUAUAGUUUGCUUGGAAGACACCAACUUGUCUGCAAACACUUUGCAAUGGCUCUCUGAGCAGUAGUGAAACUAUGAAGAGUGCAAAACAAGCCUGAAAUAGAAACUGCUCACCCUCAAGGUGGAAGUUGAGUCCUUUAAAACGUUUUCAGUGGUAAGGUGCACGUUUACUGUCUAUAUCCGGUUUGCGUCACACUCCCAAUUCGUAGUUUCACUCCUGCUUAGAGACUAGUUGGAGACUGUUUGGAUAACACCCAACAUUUCUUUGCACCAACUACUCACGACUGCAACUUUUCACAGAAGCAAUAACAAAGAGGUUAUUGGUGCAGCACCAUAUAUCGCUUUGCGAUCAGUUUCACCUUGUAACUGCUGGGAACCACUCCCCAAACAGUUUGGAAAUAUACCCCCCUCCCCCAGUGACGAGAGGUUGCCUGGGGUUUCCAGGCGUGCAUAAGAGGCCUAAGAUGACCUUGGUGGCAUCACUAUGACUCUAUUAGGGUUAUUUUUUUAAAUCAUAAAAUUUAGUGAACGCUCCCCAUUAAGCUGUAAGCAGAUCUUUUUUUAGGGUUUGGUGAUGGGUAAAAUUCUCCAACUGUUCCAAAUAGUUACCGUGUCCAGUAGUGGGUGAUGUGUUUGUGCAACAUUUCCUCAGUAAUGCAUUGUGCCACGAGGUUUCCUUAACAUCAACUGUACUUUUCCAGAGGGGUGUACUACAAAGCAAGUCCAACAACCUAAAAACAUGUUCACAGAUGAUCUGUUUUACUAAUCAACUUUGUUAACCCAGACCGCUUUAGGAUCUGUGCUUCGAAUGUUAUUGGAUUUCAUGACUUAAAUAAUCUGAUAUAUUGGUUAAUUUUUCUCAAGAUUUCCCUAAUGUUUGUUAUGUAUGAUUAUUUAUUAGCCCUUACUAAGGGCAUAUAAUAUUGCAGUUCAAAAAAAAUCUCGUUUUAUUAUCACAAGUAAUUGAUUACUCUGUUUCAGUCUGGUUGGAUCAGUUGGUUAUUGUUUGUGGCUUCCAACACGUUGCCAGCAGGGAAGUUGCAGAGUGCCCUCUGGUGGACAUGCAACAUCAACCCCUGGAAAGGUUGAAGGGUGUUUCUCUCAUUUCUUUCUUCCUUACUUUAUCACAUUUUCAUUUUAACAGUUAUUAAUGGCAACAGAUUAGCAAAUCGCUGACAUUAGCUAAUAGCUGAGAUGAGCCACUAGCUAAGAUUAGCGCUGCUCUGAAAAUAACCUGCUCCACACCAGGUUGUUUGGCAUAAGUUGCCAUGGUGAUUUAUCCAGUUUAAAAAACAAACAAAAAUAACAGCCCCCCCACACACACACACACACACCUUUGUGAUGUGCUGUGCUGUGCUGAAGACUAAACUUAACUUGUUAUCCUUUAAUCUUGCUUCAUAGUGCGCCCUCAGAUCUGUAUAGCGGAAGGAGGCACCACCUUGUGGCACUAUUCAGCAAUUGCACUUUACAAGCUACAUAUUUCUCAAGGAGACAGACCACUAAAAGAACAAAACUUGCACAUUGACACUCCCAAUGUAAGUGCUUAGUAGUGCAUUUGUGAGCAACUAUGAUGCAGGGUUUUAGGUAAGUAGGUCAGACCAAAAAACAGUGUUUUAAAAGAGCUAAAUGAGCACGUAACCAGCCAACAUGUACACUGAAUUUAACGCCAAGUUUAAUCAGUGUACGCCCUCGUUGAUGCUCACUAUAAAUUCCUUUAGAAACACAAAAAGUUUCCUUUCAGAGCUUCAGCUCUCAAUUUAAUGCUGAAUGCUGUUAAUAUUGAUGUUUUUUUUUUUGACAAGUUCACAUUGCUGGAAUAGCAUGUUGUAGACUGAAAAUUAGCAAAUUUUAUUAAAAAUUUAAAUGAUUCAGUCACAGGUGAAUGCUUCUAAAAAGGACAAAAAAAAUGCUAUGCCACUCUUCAUGUCUUUUGCCUUUUUUCUUUGUGGUUUUGCAGUGUUUGGAAAAGUCCUGCAGCAUGAUUGCAAACUCGCUUAAGUUUCCUAAUGUCUGUUGUGAAAGCUUUUAACCAAAUUUGCUUCCUUUUGUAAUGUAAAUAAAUAUUUUCUUUAAGUGUGUGUCCAUCCCCGAGCUUGCCCUUCUUAUUUCUGGAGUCACUUUGAGUACUUCAUGUUCAAUCAGUAUUUGUUUUCCACUUUGAUUCCACUCUACCGUGCUGUGAUGUAUACAUGAUAUCCUGUAUGUAUCGCCUCCCUGCUAAAGCAACACGUUCUGAAAGCAGAAAGCCACCCUGCCAUUGAUAAGCUACCCCCUUCAAAUCUUGGUGCCUUAUGCAAACUCUUCAUGUGCGUGUGCCUUCCAGCAAGGAGCACGGCACUCAUCACCUACUUAUCUGACCGAUGCAAUGAUGUAUGUAUUGUUAACGUGUGUUUGAUUUCUUUUUCUUUUUUGGGUUUAUUUUUAAAAUCAAUGCUCGACGUCGAGACUUCGACUGAGCACUUUUACUGACGGUUUUGACGUCCUCCUGGUUUUUGGAUUCUGCUGGUUGUCUUGCAGGUCUCUGAAAUGCACUGAAGGAAACCUGGUGUGGGGGAAAAAAUGGAUGUGUGAGAUAAUCUAAUAAAUGGCGUAUCACUUGUA